UCUCCAGAAAGCAUGGCCUUCAGCGGGACGUGGCAGGUUUACGCUCAGGAGAACUACGAGGAGUUUCUCAGAGCCAUCUCUCUGCCAGAAGAGGUCAUUAAACUGGCCAAAGAUGUGAAGCCAGUGACAGAAAUCCAGCAGAACGGCAGCGACUUCACCAUCACCUCCAAAACUCCUGGAAAAACCGUCACCAACUCCUUCACCAUCGGCAAAGAGGCUGAAAUCACCACUAUGGACGGCAAGAAGCUCAAGUGCAUCGUCAAGCUGGAUGGAGGAAAGCUGGUCUGCAGAACUGACCGAUUCUCCCACAUCCAGGAGAUCAAGGCUGGAGAAAUGGUGGAGACGCUGACAGUCGGAGGAACCACCAUGAUCAGGAAGAGCAAGAAGAUCUGAAGCGUUUCACCAUAACUCUAUUUAAAUAAAGCUCUGACUGACAAAAAC